AUUAAAUUCCAAAUUGUAUUCAUCUCUUAAAUACAGAAACUCAAGGGAAGCGUUUUCAUGCGAUGAAAACUGAAUGGGGAUCUGAUGAGUUCAUCCCACUCAGUGUGUUCAAGAACCAGUCUUACGGAUAUCUUGUUAAUGAUACAUGUGUGUUCGGGGCAGAGGUAUUUAUUAUUGGAGAGAGUAGAAGCGGACAAAAUGAAUGUUUAUGUCUUUCAAGGGGAGCUGGAUAUUAUUACAAACGGAUCGUCAGAUUGUUUAGUAAAGGACACCAUGAAGAGCCUAUAAUGAAAUCAGCCUAUGGUGUACCUAUGGGAAAGUCCGCUACAUAUGAUACUACCUUUCCUUCUUUAAAAAUAGGAGUUCCAAUGAAAUCAAUGAGAGAUGAUAUGCCAACGCACUACACAUUUAAAAUUAAAUCAUUUUCACAACUUUGCACGCUUCCUAAAAUUAGAAGUGACUCCAAGGUUUUCUAUGCUGGUGGCUAUAAAUGGAAGAUGUCUCUCUCUCUGAACAAAAACAAGCAGCAGAAAGUACAUUAUCUGUCUCUUUACUUGGGCAUCGAAGAAACUAGGUCCAUCCAGCCUGGUUGGGAGAUUGAAACAGUUUUUCGUUUAUUUGUAUUUGACCAUAUUCGAGGCCGGUAUGUGAUGCUUCAAGAAACCAAUGCAAAGUUUGACGAACCGAAUACCAAAUGGCGAGUUGGUGAGUUCAUGUCACUGGAAAGCUUUAGUAAUCCCUCUUGCGGAUUUCUAGUUAAAGAUUCCUGCGUCUUUGGAGCUACCGUUUUCGUUUGUCGGGAGAGAUGUUCGGGCAAAGGUGAAUGCUUGCAGAUGAUAACAGAAGGGGUUACUACUGAAUAUAGGUGGAAGAUAGAAAACAUUUCGCAGAUAAAAGAAAGCUGUAAAAGUGAACCAUUUGGUUCUGGAUAUCACAAAUGGACUCUCCAUUUCUAUCCUGGAGGAUGUGAAGUAGGUCUGGGAAACUAUAUUUCUCUUUUUGUGCGCCCGGGUAAUUCAAGCCUUCUUAUCGAAGGACCAUAUGUUCGUUAUUCCUUGACAGUGGUUGACCAGUCAAAUGGCAAUGGCAUUAGCGAAUGUGUUACUUAUCACUUUCCAGUCAAAGGAAAGGGUUGGGGUUAUCCGAAGUUCAUGCCACUUUGUGUGUUUUCUGAUCCAUCCAAAGGAUUCCUUGUGGAAGAUACUUGCAUCAUUUCAGCAAAUUUCACAAUCAUUGGAUCAAUUGAAAUUUUUCGCGAAUUUUAGUACAGGUAUCUUGAGUGAAAGAAUCCAUUUGAUCCCUUCUUUUUUACUGUUAUAUAGGAUAGCUUUUUCAGAAUCACUCUUCCUUCAGACUUAGUUGAA